AUGAGUGCAAAAAAUAAGAGAAAGUAUUCGUCUCAUUUCACAUAGUUGAAGGAAGAUAAGCAUUUAGAUGACCAAAUAGAUGAAUUUCUUUUAUAGGAGAAAAUAGAUGAAGAGAGAUCAAAAGACCUUAGGGAUGAACUUAAUGAAUAAGAAGAAUAAUAUUUGACAUACUUAGAAUAAAGGUUAUAAGAAACAGAAAAUAGGAUUAUAGAAACUCAGAAUUUAGUUAAUAAUAGAAACAUAAAAGACCAAACUGAAUUAAAAUAAAUAAAAGAACUUAAUACUAGGAUUGAGAAACUUAUUGAAUAAAAAGAGCAAGAAAAGUCACGAUUUCUUACUCAAGAUUUGAAUGAAAAUGUUAAAGAAUACAUUUUCAAGUUAUAGGAGGAAAAUAAAAGAUUAAAUGAGGAAAGAAAUCAAUUCGAGAUUAAAUAUCUUUUGAGAAAUAAGCAAAUAUAAAUCUUAAUUAGAGAAAUCAAACUCUACAAAAGAAACGAUAAGUAUUUCUAGGAUGUUAUUAUGAACAAGGAAAAGCAAAUUAAAGAUAAUGCAAAAUAAUUAAAUAAAUUUUAAGUAGAAUCUAACGAUGCUUUAAGACGCAUAGAGUUCAUUGAAAAAAAUAGGCAAAAAAAUGUAAUUUAGCUUCCUAAAAUGGAGAAAUAAGUUGAACCUCACAUUGAAAAUGAUCCAUAUAAUUUCUGGAGAUAAGACAUUAUUUCAGAUGUUGUUUAAAAUAUAUCUAAAAAGCAUUAAAAAGUAAGCAGUCUAAAAGAUAUUAUACCGCAUGAAGAUUUGUGGGUUUUAGAGUAAGAAAAAGGUAAAAAAAAAAUAGAUGGAAUAGAUGCUGAAAAAACAUAUGCAGAAUCCCCACAAACUUUAUAUCAAAUGCCUCAUAGAAUCCAAUCUUCAAAAGGUAAUUUAAAUGAUGCCUAAAUGCAAGAGGUUACUAACGUGCUUCCUAUGAAACCAUAGACUUCUUAACCAUACAGGAAUAUUUAUUAAAAUUCUCAAAUUUCUUAAAAUAUGAAUAUAUAAGAUGAAUAUUAUCACUAGAAUUCAUAAAAUAAUAUUUUUUAAGCAAACCGCGAAUCUUUAAACAACUUUCCUUCAAAAACCUCAAUAAAGUCUAAUUAGUACUAUGAAGAUCCUAACGACAUUACAAAUUAAUACUAACAAUAUUAAUACAAUAACAAAAAGAGAUGA